GAAAAAUCUUCACUUUUUGCUUCCCGAGGUUUACGUUUUUAUCGUUGUUUCCUUGUUUAUUUUUUUCUAUUUUCGUUCGAAUAUAUAUCUAUAGAUAGUAGUGGAAAAAAAACAUUUCCUGGUCGAAAUCCUGUAUAUAUUUACGGCAAUAGAUAUUGAUCCGUUCUGGUAUUGUCUCUCAAAGGGAUUUUGGAAGAACACUGCGGAACACGGUAUAUCCAAAUUUUUAUUGCGAUGGCCUCUAUAUCUUCUAAUUCUACUUAUAACUUGAACGGCGGUCUCUGGGUUCGAAGAGCAGCAGCUGUUCCUGGAAACCAAUGCCAACACCUAGUACCUAAACAAUCACUUCUUUCUCAAACAUUUUCUGUUUCCACUCACGCAAAACGGUUCUUUCCCAUCGAGGAAAGUACCAGAAGAAUCCCACGGAUGAAUACUGACCGAUGUUGUGCCUUCGGUGUUGAAAAAACAUCUUCAUUUUCUGUGGGAGAGAAGUUUCAACUUGAUGAUGUGAUAGAGGCUCAACAGUUUGAUAGGGAUACUUUGAAUGCCAUAUUUGAAGUGGCACGAGAGAUGGAGAAGAUUGAGAAGAACUCCCCUGGAAGUCAAAUUUUGAGAGGUUAUCUAAUGGCUACUUUGUUUUAUGAGCCAUCCACACGAACUAGGCUUUCCUUCGAAUCUGCCAUGAAAAGGCUGGGCGGAGAAGUUUUGACAACAGAAAAUGCACGUGAAUUUUCGUCUGCAGCAAAAGGAGAAACCCUUGAAGAUACUAUAAGAACUGUUGAAGGGUACUCAGAUAUUAUUGUAAUGAGACACUUUGAAAGUGGUGCUGCUAGAAGAGCGGCAGCUACAGCUAGCAUUCCUAUUAUUAAUGCUGGGGAUGGUCCAGGGCAGCAUCCAACACAGGCUCUUUUGGAUGUAUACACAAUUCAAAGAGAGAUAGGAAAACUAGAUGGCAUCAAAGUUGGUCUUGUUGGGGAUCUUGCUAAUGGAAGGACAGUUCGAUCACUGGCAUAUCUGCUAUCCAAGUACCAAGAUGUUAAGAUCUACUUUGUUGCACCAGAUGUAGUUAAGAUGAAGGAUGAUAUAAAAGACUAUCUCACGUCUAAGGGGGUUGAAUGGGAAGAAAGCACAGAUCUGAUGGAAGUGGCAUCUAAAUGCGAUGUGGUCUAUCAAACCCGUAUUCAGAAAGAAAGGUUUGGUGAGAGGAUCGACUUGUAUGAAGAAGCUCGAGGGAAGUACAUUGUGGACCUGGAUGUAUUGGGUAUGAUGCAAAGGCAUGCCAUUGUCAUGCAUCCCCUCCCAAGGCUUGAUGAGAUCACAGUGGAUGUUGACAUGGAUCCUAGAGCUGCUUAUUUUAGACAAGCUAAGAAUGGUCUCUACAUCAGGAUGGCUCUUUUGAAGCUUCUGCUUCUUGGUUGGUGAAGGAUACCUGAUCCUUUGUUCUGAUUUUUUUUUUUAACUAAUGCUUGGUUUCUUCAUGCUACUCAUGCCAAAAAUGAGAAUUAUUUUCUAUUGACAGAACAAAUAGAUGGUAAAAACAGCAAGAAUAAUUUAAGUUUAGAACAUGUUUAUUGAGGUGAAAGCAAAAGGCUUGGUAUCACUUCUUACUUGAGGGAAAUGAGAUCCAUGGUUGGUUAUUUUUACUUUUUUCACUGAA